AUGCGUGCACACGGACGCGUGCCCGGCGCUCGCGCACACAGCGUGCUUUUACGCUCAAUUUACAUUUACGCGUGUAUCUCACUUACUACAGCCUCCAAAUACGGAGUCCCAAUAGAAAUCAAAUUAUGGGACACUGGCAGGACGCCUUUAGCUCAUAUGGUGGAUGUUACCAACGGGUUUGGUUUAAAAGUGCUGGCAGAACAUAACUUUUUAAAUGAUAACAACAUAGCGUUUUCCCCUUAUGGACUAAUGGGGAUUAUGGUGGCCUUGUAUGAGGGAGUGGAUGGAGAGUCUUCCUAUCAGAUCCAGCGAGGAAUGCAGUUGCCAUGGAACAGGAACAUCAUGAGGAUAGGUUUUAGAGAUAUACACCGCACCUUGAAAACUUAUUUCGUACCGGAAGAAGGAUUUCUGGCAGGCUUAGCGCUAAACAAUGAAAAUGUCACAUUCAAUGAACCUUACAGAAAGAUUCUACGAUUUUAUGGUUUUGAUUUAGAAAACGAUCAAUUGCCGACACUUGCACCAGAAACAAACAGUACUUCAAGUGAUACAAACUCAACUACACCAAAUCCUGCAGGAAGCACUGAUGGUACAACUACGACCGAGGCAAUGAUGACAGCUCUACCUGCUCGAGAAGAUGCUAGUACAGCCUCUCCGAAUAGAGAAGAAACUACAACCACACUAAACCCAAAUGCGGAGACAAUAAGCACGAUAGAUAUAAGAGGCGCGACAUCGACUGCAGCAAGCCCAUCUUCAGCGCCAAAUGCAGAAAGUACUCCCAUGAGUACCACGGUUACCACUACGAAAACAGAGACAACUACAGAAAUAAUUACAGAGCCAACCACACAGACGAUGACUACAGUACAGACAGAAACCACCACACAGGGAACUUCAGCAGCCGAUACAGAAGCCACAACUACUAUAGCUCCCAGCACAACAACUGACAUGCAAACAAUAUCCAUGACUUCUCAAGUCACAGAUUCCUUAUCUACAGCUAUGACAAAUGAACCAACUACAAACAACGAAGUCAAUACAUCAUCAACCGCCGAAGGUAAUGCGGUAUCAACUACAAUCGAUGUAACGGCUACCACAGUACCACAGACCAGUACACUUGACGCAAGCACUGCUCAGACUAGUGAUGAUACGACACCAUCAACUGCAGACAGUUCUUCAACAAUAUCUACGUUAAGUGAAAACACUCCAAUAGAGAGUUUUAUGACUACAAAUGCAGACACACAACCAACUGAACAAAUGUCUACGAUGACUAUGGACGAUAUGACCACUUCAUUAAAUUCAGUGACAACAUCUAAUGAAACAACGUUAGAAACGUUGGAACGGAAGAAAAAGUCGAUAGUAGACUUCAUAUUUACCAACCCCCCAUACGUCGAGGACUAUUUGUAUUAUAGAUCAUAUGACAUUGGCUCAGAUGUCGCUAAUCCAGGCUUUGAUGACAAAAUGUUCUUGGCAAAUGGUUUGCGAAGUGUUCAGGUCACGUAUAUGCGAUACGAUACAGUGCUGGAGCACGCCUACCUGCCGCAUUUAGAGGCCUCGGCAUUAAGGCUGCCUUUGGACAGUGAUCGUUACUACUUGCUGGUCGUGCUGCCCUCACGGGGUGGCGCCCCGGAGCUUGGUCGGCUGCUGUCCCGAAUGGCCCGCGAGUCAGAUUUGUCCGAUAUCUAUUCGGUGCUGCGCCCUCGCCGUGUGAAGGGAAUCGUACCAAGCUUCACUGUUAAAGGUCAUGUGACCUUAACAACAGAUUUACAGAAGCUUGGUAUUAGAGACGUCUUCGAACCUCGACAACGCGACUUUACGCUGAUGACCAAGCAAGCAGGAGUGUACGUACGAAGCAUUGAACAGGCCGUCUCCGUAGCUAUACGCAAGUAUCGACCGGAUGAUCAGAAGAAAAAUAGGUACGUAUCAACUCGAGAUCCUGUCAUAUUCUCCGCAACCUAUCCGUUCCUCUACUUCGUGAUGGAUGCUAAUAUCCACGUGGCUCUUAUGGCCGGCAAAAUGGUGGACCCACUGAAUUCAAGGAUAUUAUAG